GUCCUUCAAGUUGUUAAUUGAUUGUGUUCCUGCCUUUAUUUGGCUUCUGUUUGUGUUUGUAGUUCCUUUUAGGUUAGCGUGUUUCACGUUUCAUUUCCUGCUAACCUGCGCUGAUUCUAGCUAGUUUUUCUGGACCCUGGUCGUGUUAUAUGCUCUCUAUGCUGCUAACAUGCGCCAAAGUGGCUUUCUUUAGGUGGUGGGGUUGGACAUUUUCUUAGGAUUGGCCUCUGGCGUGCGACUAACCUUUUUGUUUUUUUAUUCGGCCUUAUCUUGCUUUCUCGCCGUAGAAGCGCGCUGGAGGCUAAAUUGCGCAUGGGGCUUUUUUUGUGAUUAAAGAGCGCCGUGGAUAGGAAGAAAUAUUUGGGGUAUAGACGGUUUAGGACACGGUUUGAGUCCCGGUUUUGUUUGCCCUCGUGGGCCUGUGGGGGCUGGGAUAUAAUAAAUAAAUAAAUAAAUCUCUGCAGGGUAACUUUUUAUUUUAUGUCAUGUUGUAAUAGGAAAAGUCAUGUCAAAUGGGAAAGCAUCUUUUGAUGUCGUUAAGGCCGUGUUAGAAUAUUCUCUUAGGAUUCCUUGUUUGUCAUUUCUUAUGUCAUAGGAGAUAGACUAUUCCUAGUUGAUACGUGUUAUCAUUUAAUGAUAUAUCUUGAUUAUUUCAAGAUGAUAAAUCUGCUGAUGCAUGAAAGGGUCUCCAAUUUUUGGCAUAUUCUAUUUCCCACCCUUCCUGUACGUUUUGACGAGCCCCCCUCGCACCACCAACUUGCUUUAUUUUAUUUUUUAGGUCUUCAUUGAUCAUUUUAAAUUUUAAACCUACGAAGAUUCAACAGUUGAGGGUAGAGUCAGACCCAUUAAGAAAGACAAAAAAAAAGUGGAGUUGUUGUGGUUGGUAACAAGUUUUAUUGAGCGCUUACGAGAUAUGGAGAUGUAGAAGGGCACUAUUUUCACAAUUUGCUUUAUGAUCAUAAUGGAAUCUCUGUACUGAUGCCUUAAAUUUCUUGAAGAAAAAGAAGUGUCCCAAACAGUGAGAUGAGUGUGACAAGUGAAGGGAUGUUUCUCUUAUCUGUAAAGAGAAACCUCAUUUCCCUUUCCGGUUGUGGUUGCCACAUAUAUUCCAGAGGCACCGUGGCCAUGUCUCGCUUUCUUUUCAAAAUAGGGAACAAAGAAAUAGAUUCUGAAAAAAAAAAAAAAAGGAGGAGAGAGAAGAACCUGGUUCUCGCUGUCAUGCUCUUUAGUAAGACGCUUUACUGACUUCCUCUUCAAAUGGAGAUAGUUUAUGGCCUUGGAUGCUUUCAGUUAUUUGGUCUACCGCACCUGUUGAUACUAUUCCGUCAACCAGCUGAGAAUUCCAUUCUUGAUCCCUGCGGGUUGUUGCUGACUGCUAAACCUAGAAUGAAGGGAGAUGAGGCACAAGGCCAUGAUAUUAAUCCAGUUGAUGCAGAAGGAGAUGAUGAUAAUGAUGAGGACGACGGGGAUGAUGAUGAAGGGGAUGGUGGCUUUGGAGAAGGUAAUGAAGAUUUGUCGUCUGAAGAUGGAGAGGACUUGGCCAGCAACCCCAACAAUGACAAGAGUAGCUCAAAGAAGGGUCCGGGUGGUGGAGCAGGCGGGGCAGAUGAGAAUGGAGAAGAGGAACAAGAAGAUGAUGAAGAUGAUGGCGAAGGUCAAGAUGACGAUGAAGAAGAUGACGAUGAUGACGACGACGAUGACGACGACGAUGAUGGCGGGGAAGAGGCUGAGGAAGAAGUUGAGGAGGUAGAGAACGAAGAGGAGGAAGAAGAUGAAGAUGAGGAAGCCCUCCAGCCCCCAAAGAAGAGGAAGAAGUGAAGUAGGAGAAUAGUGAAAGCCUCCUCACUCCAGAUACACUGCUUGUUUCUCAGUGACUUUGUUAUCUAACUUUGUUAAUCUACUUAGAUUACGAGGAGGCCUGUUUAGGAUAAUGGUAUUAUGCAUAAUUAUCGUAUUUUCCUUGCAUGGUUAGAGAGCACUCUAGAACUGUGAGCUGCGGCAAUGAUUAAUUCGAGAAAUGUGAUGGAUUAUGAUCUUUAGCUACACAA